AAAAAAAAAGGCAGAAGCAAGAGAAAAUUUUUUUUUACAUAAUAAAGGAUUCUCUCGUAUAAAAGAACCCAAGGCAACAACUUUCUUCUCUUUUGAUCUUUUUUCCUUCUUUUCUCUCGCCAUCUUCCCUUUCUUCCACACUUCUUUACUUUGAAAUAAUAAAAAUCUUGCAGUAUUCAAAAAGGUAAGCAUGUGGGUGCACGCGGAAAGGAAUGGAAUUAGAAAAUUUUAUACUGGAUAAUUUUUUAAUUAAACCUCUUUUCCCUCGAUGCAGUCCAUUCCGCCCCAAUACUACGCUCCUUAUGGCAACGCUACUGCCCAUUAUCAACCUCCCCCGCCUCACAUGAUGCAGCAGCAGCAGCAACCCCCAAUGGGUAUGGGCAUGUCUCAGCUGCCUCCACAAGCUUCGUCUCAGACUGAACUCAACGCAAGUGGCAAGCCCAAGCGUAAGCAAGUGAAGAAUGCUUGUGUCAACUGCCAGAAAGCUUGCAAGAAGUGCGACGAUGGUCGUCCUUGUCAACGCUGUAUCAAGUACGGUUUGACUGAAACAUGUAUUGAUUCCGUUCGUAAAGAACGCAAGAAGGGAGUCAAGCGAGGUCCUUAUAAGCGUAGAAAUCAAGCUAACAGCUCCAGUGCAUCAGCUUCACCCACUCCCACUCCCAGCAACCUUUACGCCCAAUCACCUGCCGCCGCUGCCAACCCUGGAAUGAGACAAUCUUUGCCUUUUAACUAUUCGCAAUUUCCUCAGUAUGAUUCUUUCAACGCUACUAGCGGCUAUCCUACCUAUGGCUACAGCAACAUGAUGCCACCCAACUACCAACAUAAUCCUAACAUGGUGUCUUAUCAAGGAUUGGGAGUCAUGCCGUCUCCCCAACAGCAGCAUCACCAGCAACAACAACAUCAUCAGCAGCAGCAUGAUAUGAACGGCCGGCCUGUGAAUCACUCCCCACAGUAUCAACAACAACAACAACAACAGCAUCAACAACCCCAAGCAGCAGAGUCGAAGUCGCAGCCAAAUGAGGCUGGUGAAGAUGAGGAUGGAAGAAGGCAUUGAAGAUGGCCAAACAGCCAGCCAACAAAGACAACAACAGUCACAAGAGCAAGCUUCAUCCCGUUACCUCCCCGUGCAUAGCAAUGGCACUCCACCUCCAAGUCGUGGACAUUCUCGCACCUCCUCGUUUGA